AUGGCCACGUCUGAGGGGGACCAGCUGGAAUUCGUUCUCUUGCAAGAAAUACCGCAACCGAAAGGGGGAACUCCCUCUACUGCAAGUACGACAGCGAGCACAAAGGGGCCGCGACCGCUGGACAAGAGCGUCCCUGGCUUGGGGGAGGAGCACUGUCUUGCGCAAAAACUCUACAAAACCAUUUCCUCGUCCAAGCCUGGACGCCGGCUGAUUGGAGAAGCACAGGUGUACUACUUCGACAACGAGAUGAGCAUGGAUCGCACACCAUCCAGGCCCAUGGAGGGAGCUGCGGAACUGCUGCGCAACUGGAUGGUGUCCAUGACUCCACUGCGCGGGCUUCAUCGCAUCAUCUGCGGGGGGGACUUCAACGAGACGUUGGUGAUGGGGGACGGUGAUGGCGUUUUCGGUGGGACCACUGCGAGGGGCGAGCUCGUAGCUUCGUUCCUCCAAGAGCUAGGCCUCAGAGCAGCGGAGGAGAACUGGACCGAGCCGACCUACCACCCAUACAACCGCGCCAUGCAAUCCCGUCGUCUGGACUACAUCUUCGUCAAGGGGGUCAUCGUGGUGGCUGCUGGAGUGGCGACCGGUUCAAGACAUGAGAUUUCUUCGGAUCACGACGCGGUGGAGCUUCAGCUGGUCCAACUACCACACAACGCUGACCACCGCCCGCGCAGACUUCGAACAGGGGUGCCAGUGCAGCCAGACAAAGCCAAAGAACUUCUCCGGAAGCGACAACCGCCUCGGGUAGGGGAAGGCUUUCUCCUCGGCGCCGUGGCGGAGCUCUCACAACGCCUGAUUGCGCCGAAGAGUUCCAAAAGAUUUCAGGAGAGUCAGCACCUGAUCCGUCUGCGACAUGCAGCACAGCAAGCACGUGGAGGAGCAGCAAGAACUCUCUGGAAGGAGGUCCACUCUGUCAGGAAGAGUGAGAAGCGAAAAUGGCUCAAGCACCUCACCUUCUGGGCAACCAGAGGGGAUUGGGGGGCCUGGAAAAAGCUCUUUGGCAUGGGCCCUCGCACACUUUGGGAGCCCGCUCUGAUCCAACGCUAUGUGGACUGGCCGACAAGCAUGACCGAGCACAUGGAGGCCAUCUUCUUUCGAGACUCGCAAGCAGAAAAUGAGGAAGCGAGGGACGAAACACGCCUGCAGUUAGCAAUGCUCCCGGGGGAGUACCACGCCUUCUCCAUGGAAGAGGUCCACAGUGUCAUGGCGAAGUGGAAAUCGGGGCGAGCAGCGGGACCAGACGGCAUCACCUACGAGGCACUACGAAUCAUCCUGAAGGACGACGCCUGGGGGGCCUUUGUGUUGGAAGAACUCAACGAAUUUCUCAAGUUGGGCUUCACCACGUCGGACCUCUACAGCACCUCCACCUUCAUGCUGGCCAAAAAGAGGGAACCUCGUGAGUGGGGCGACUUAAGGCCCAUCACGCUUUCCUCAGCCCUGCUCAAGCUUCUGAGCCAACUCACCCUCAAAAGGGUGACCCAUUUGUUGGGGACCGCGAACGACCUACAAUGGGCGGCGCCGUCGAAACAGCCCCUGGAGCUUGCCUUGGGACUCGGACGCAUGCUUCGGCUCUGUCGAGAAUGGAAGCAGGAGGCCUUCCUCGUGAAGAUUGACGUCAGGAAGGCUUUCGACAGCGUCAAGCUCCCUCGGCUUCUGCGGCUGAUAAGACGCAAACUGGCGGGGCGACCCAAGGAGGGGCGACUGCUCACUGAAAUGGUUUGCCAUCUGGGGAUCAAUGUGGAGUUCCUGGACCAGCACAUCCCGAUCCGGCAAAGCAACGGCGUCAAACAGGGGGCCCCGGAAUCCCCCGUGCUCUUCGCCGCGCUCAUUGCAGAACUGGCGGAUGAGGUGGCCACCGAGUUUGGCAUGGCGCUGCCACAUGAAGAACCAGGGUGGGAAUUGCCUUUCAACCUGGCUGCCUUCGCGGAUGACAUGUACCUCUGGCACUUUUGUCUUCGUCGACUACAAGAGCUGCUGACCAUGGUAGAGAACAAGGCGGCAGAGAAUGGCCUCCAAUUCCAGGGGGACAAGACCUCGGUGUUAACCAGCGUGGAGGAUGAUGCCCGCACCCUCACUAUUGGGGGCAAACAAGUCAAAUUCCUGCCCCCGGGGUCCCUUGUUCGCGUCCUUGGAACGCAGCAAGGGUUCAAAAGGGGGGCCGCUGAUGUCGCCGCAGAGGUCAACGCCAAAAUGCGACAAGUCUUUUGGGCCCACAAAGCAGUGUUUGCAGGAAGGAUGCCCCUCACCUGCAAAUGGGAGGCCUUCCAUGCGGUGGUCCGAGGGUCAGGCCUGUGGCAAGCGGCGGCAUUGCCGCCGAGUCGCAACUUAUUGGCGGCCCUCAACACACAGCAGCUACGCUUUGUCCGGGUGAUGGCCGGCUUACGGCGAAAGCAGGGGGAGCCUUUCGUUGAUUAUGAGAUGCGCAGCCUCCGGGUGUCACGCGCUCGGCUACACCUACACGGACAGGAGCGGUACUCCACGUACGUCCUUCGUCAGGCGUGGAGGUUGUUCGGCCAUGUCGCCAGACAAAAUAGCAGGGCCAAACAACUGCUCAGAUGGAGGGGGCCGGUCUGGUGGAAGUUGGAGCAACGGAAACGAGGGGGCCAUCGUCACCCGGGAAGAUACAAUGCCGGAAUGGAGAUUCAGAACGACUUCAACACCUUCCUGGGGGUCGAUGACUGGAUGGACGUUGCUCAAGACCGCCAAAGAUGGAAAAGCCUUGAAGUUCCCUGGGUCAAGUCCCAGGACCUACCUUGGUGCACGCACGCACAGGCAGCCCUCGAAGCUGAAGCCGGUGAACAAGAUGAUGUACGCCUAGCAGCGCAGCUACGAAUACAGAACCUCAUGCCCAACAGAAAGAAGCGCCAACGAAAGAAGUCUGGAGCCAAAGCUACCAAACGCCGAGUCAAGCAGCGGCCCGCUGCUGCACAGCCGGCUCAGCUCAUGUUGCCAUAUGAGGGGCCGCUGGGACAACCAAAGGGGGGCCUUUAG